AUGAAUAAAGCCGUCGAAACGGUUGAAGCAGCAGGCCAUACAGAUCAAAAAGAAGUUGCACAACAGCUUUUUACUGCCUGGUUUGGGAUUCAAUUCGACGUCAAUACAAAUUCGGUCAAGCCGGAGAGUCAGACUGCGUGGACUGUUGUGACAGGUCAUAUACAGCGUGUCCAAAACCUCAUUUCGAAUGGUGGAACGUUCCCGUCCUUUGUAUCCCCAGCAAAUUUAUUUUGCGGUGAAUUUGGCGAAGUAGAACCGUGGAACAAUUUCAUGAUGGAUACCAAUGGCAACUUCCUGGACCCUGUGGUAUCAAUUGAGCAAAUCUAUGGUGACUGGGCUGCACAGAUCCCAGAAUCACUAGUACCAUAUUACGUUCCGUCGAUAGAGAAGUACUAUCUCCUAUCGCCCACAGUUUUCUCCGCAAGUCAGAUGUGUACUACGUUGGAUGGAAUGAACUCGUAUGGCAGUCCAUACGCGUUAGGAUACUUCCGAAACAGGGAUGGCUAUGAUGUGCCCGUCGAGCGAGAUCAAAUUCCGGACUUUAUUUUAAUUUGCCCCGGUGUGUUGACGUCCACCGAUGGUAACGUCUUGCUGAGUGAUAUCGGUUUGCUUACCCUGAGCACUGAUAUUUCUGCAAGGACACAGUUAAGUGCAGUGAAGCCUAAGUCCACCGUGAUGCUUCAUGAAAUCUUGCAUAUGGUGACCAGGUGGGAUAGCACUGGGACUGCUGGUGUCAUAGCGGACGGACAAAUUAAAAUUGUCGAUCAUAGCUACCAUAUGCUUGAUUGUCUCAUAUAUGCCAACCAGCAGUUGUCUCAGGCGUAUUUGAACACUGAGAAUUAUGUCCAUUUUGCUCUGGCUUGGUGGUACUAUAACAGCAGAACGGACUGGCAAGGCACGACGCCUGCUACCUUUUAUGCUGGAUACCUUCAAACGUGGACCAGGGAGUGA